AUGGAGUUUGAUCCCAAAACCCCGCAAUACCUCACCUCCGACAAGAAGAGCUUCGCCAACAAGUCCGUCAACGACCGAUGGCCCGUCAUUGUCACCGGAGCCAUUGACGACCUCCAUCGAUCUGUCGCCGACGUCUCUGAUGAAGAGAAGCGCAAAGAGGGGAAAACCAUCAUUGAGGGACUGGCAGCGCUCAAAUACGAGAUUCAGCAUAAUAGACAAUUGACUCCUCUCAUCGACGAUGGCGAGCCCGGUAUCGAGGAAUACAAUGAGGAGCUGGAAGAGCGGGGGAAUCCUAACUGGCAUGAUGUCGCCUGGCUCUUUUCGGAGUGCUAUAUGUACAGACGCAUAGCCACCCUCUUCAACCGCUCAAGACACUGGAAGAACUACGAUGUCUUUGCACGCCAGAAGAUGUCCACAUUUAAGUCCUCCCGCCCCGCCGUACUUGAAUUAGCCGCCAGAUACAAGGAGCUGGCUCUCGAAGCAGAGAAAGGACACAACACCGAGGAAUCCGACCGCUUGCUCUUCGCCGAGAUGUGCGAGAUAUGUCUAUGGGGCAACGCAACGGAUCUCUCCCUUCUAACCUCUCUUACAUACGAGGAUAUUCAGAAACUGCAAGGCUCCCAGGCGCGAAAGGCUGCAGAGAAGAACAUCCUGGUCAACGACAUGGAUGCCGCAUUCGAUGUUCUCCGUGCAGCGCAGAAGGAGAAGAAGCAGGAGCGCAGGGUCGACAUUGUGCUCGACAAUGCGGGCUUCGAGCUCUUUGUCGACCUCAUUCUAGCUGGAUACCUCCUCUCCGCCGGGAUCGCGACGACGGUGGUCCUCCGCCCCAAGGUCAUCCCCUGGUUUGUGUCAGACGUGGUGCCCCGCGACUUCGUGGACCUUAUCCAGGCUCUCGCGGAUCCGCAGGGCUUCUAUACGGCGCCCGACGAGACGGGCAAGGAAUAUCCCCCUCUCGCAGAUAAGGAAGUCGAAGAGGUCAAGUUCCUCUUCGAACAAUGGAGCCACUUCCACGCAGAGGGCAAGCUCAUCAUUCGCCCUCACCCCUUCUGGACAGCUGGAGGCUCCUACUGGCGUCUUCCACACACUGCACCAGAUCUCUUCGAGGACCUUAAAGAGGCUGAACUCGUCCUAUUCAAGGGUGAUCUAAACUAUCGCAAGCUAGUGAGCGACGCGGCCUGGGACCCGACCACUCCUUUCACAACGGCCAUCGGGCCCCUUGGCCCGCACUCUGGUCUCCGCGUGCUGUCCUUCCGUACUUGCAAGGCCGAUACCGUCGUCAGCCUGCCCGCGGGCAAGGACGAGGAACUGCAGAAGCAGUACCCCGGUAGUGGAUCCGGUGGCCGUGAGUGGGCGUGGAGUGGGAAGUGGGCUGUUGUGUCGUUCUGUGAUGGGAAGAUUUGA